ACGGAAAGCGUCAAAAUGGCCGAUGGAGACAAAAUACUACAGAAUUUUCAAAAAGAACUUCAACAUGCUCAAAGCAUAGAUAAACAGUUGCCUACUUUGGCGCGGCAAGGAAAUGAUAAAGUAUUCUAUUUCAUGUUUGACAAUAUAAUGCAUUACUUUUUUUUUUUUAUAGCAAGAAAUGUCUAUGCCUACACUACACCUGCACUAACACUAGUGACUAGUGACACUACGGCUACGUCUUCAACAAUUUCUAUAAAUAUAAUUUAGUCCGACUACUCUUACACCUACAUUACUUAAUAGUAAUUAUAACUCAAAGGAAAAGCUUGUAGUAUUAGUAGACUAUAAAAUAAUAGUUUUCUUCACCCAUUUCAGUAAUUUAAACAAUAUCAAUUAAAUAAAUAGGCAAUAUGAUGAUAUAUGCUACCUUUACAACCUUGUACAAAACAAAGAUUUAAAUAUUUAACAAUCGGUAGUUCGGUUUCAAUGAAACAGCUAUUUAAUAUUAAAUUAUUUAUUGUUACGGAUAAUAGUUAACUGAUCAAAUUCAUAUGUUUUUUUGUUAUGCAUAAGUUUAGUAGGCUAUGUAGUAAAUUUACAUAUUAGUUCAUAUAAUUUAAGGUUUGAAGAUUUGAGGAGGGGCUAAAUGUGCAUUGAAGUUCAUGGGGAUUAAAUUUAAGGGUGAAUUUAUGCUUGAGUUAGAGAUACUGACGUAGCAUCUUGGGUAGGUAGAGUUGUAAAUUUUAAUUUUCACGGCUUUUCAUUAAAUUUUUAGGAUCUUUUGUUAAUUUUUAACUUUAUUCCCUUUACCUUUAAAAUAUGUUGAUUUUUAAUGAGGCAUGUUUUUGCACUACUUUUUUUUUCACUCAGCUUUGUGAAAAAAAUGUAGUGAAAAAAUAUGGUAGAACAUGAGGAAAUGUCAAACAUACAUUUAACAUGGUCAGGAAUAGGGUUACCCAUACCUGAAAGAAAAUUAUGUGAUGCAAUAGAAAACAAUUGAAUUUGAAGCACAAUAUUUAUCUCACUUAACAUCCAUGAAUACAGAGGGGAAAUCCAUGAAUACAAGGAGUAAAAAAUUAAUAUGCAAUAAAUAUUGAUGUGAUGUAGAGUACUUCCUUCAAAAUUAAUAUGAGAACACAAAAAAUAAAGAUUUUUUUACCUGCAUCCUCAUUAUAGUUUAUCACAGGAGGUAGAGAUUUAUAAAUUGACUUAGGCUACAGGUUAAUUAAUUUUUUUCUGUGAGGCAAAAUAUUGCAGGAAGAUUUUUUUUAAAAAAGGAAACAUUUAGUGACCAAAAUUGUGGAGAACUUAUGAAGUAUAAAAACACAUUUUAAAAAAGUCAACUAUCCUGUAUUAGCAUUUCAUCUUCCUUCACUCAUUCACUUUGUCUUUGACCUUAAUAAAUAAUAUAUUAAUUUUUUAAUUAAUUAAAUAAUAUGUGCUGCUUAUUUGUCAUGUCAAAAAUUAUUAAAUGCAGUUUUGAAAUUAUACUUAUUUGUAAAGUUCGUGCAAGAUUUCCUUGGUGACAAUGUGAAAAUACAAAGCUCAGGUAUUACAGCCAGUGUGUCACAACUAUAUGUUGGUAAGAAAGUGUAAAUGAAUAUUGCAAUUAUUUUAAACUGUUUAUUAAAGGCUAAUAUGUCUCUUUACUUAACAAAAAAAACAACAUUUAUGUGUUCUGCAGUGUGGCAUUUGGUGAUACCGGUAGAUAUUUUCAAGAAAAUUAAAAAUCAAUAAAUGAGAAAAAUUUGCCUCGAAAUUUUAAUGAAAUGACAAUUUUUCGUGUCUUUAUAACAAAUUUAAAUUCUGUAUAGAUCACUGAAUUUAUAUCAACCUUUUUGUAAAGAUAAUAAAUAUCAAUAAUAUAUUACACAAAUUAUACUUAAAUUUGUAUUAUUUUUCCUUGUGAUCUCAUCAUGUAAGAGAUUGUAUCAUCUUGCUUGAAAAUUCAGACAUAUACUAUUAAUUUACUGUAUGUUAACAAAAUGUAAUAGUUGUUUAUAGUCAUGAUAAUUUGUAGAUUUCUGAAUUAAAACCCUUUUAAUUGAAAAAAAACCCAACUCUUAUAGCAAGUUUCUGGGGCCUGAAAGACACAGUAAGACAGCUUCUUGAAGCUGGGACAAGUAAGUCUCUAAUAUCUUUUGAACGUGUUAAAAUAUUUUAUACUAGUUAUUAAUUUUAGCCAUAAAUUUAAUUCAGUAUCAACCAAAUAUAAUAUAUUUUAUUUGAAGUAAAACUGAAACUGAACAUGCUUUUAAAUCAAAACAUUAAGAUUAAAGGAAUUUUUCUUAAAGUUAUUUGUAAAGUUAGUGAUAACUUCUUGAUGAUUAUUAUUAAGGAAUGUGCAUUAGCAGCCCAUACCAAAACUCUCAUUAUCCCCCUGGAAUCCCUUUUCAUGAACCCUCUCAUGUCCUGGGGGAAAGCGCUACCAAGCGGCACCCCAGAUUUUUUACCCAGUGAUUAACCACCCAUCUACCCAGGAAUGACCAAGGUGUAGCUUUAUUUUUAACCUUACCUAGUAAGGAGUGUAUUCCUACCUCUGAUUCCUGUGACCACCUCCGCCACCCCUCAGGCAAGUAGUAUUCCUGUGUUUGGCAAAUGUAAAUAGGAGGGUCUUCACUGGUGCCUUCUUGGUAAGGUUUUCUGAGAGCUCUUGACCACUAUAGAUCCUAGUGGUGUUUAAAUUUAAGUUGUGCUGAUCACACCAGGCCCAUAUGUUAAACACUAUGUCACUGAAACUAGCUUGUGACCAGGACGAAACAGCUGGAAUUUUCAUCAUCGAUAAAACCUUUGUUAUCUACAAUCCAUUGCAACAGCUGUUAUAAUGUGCCCUAUAGUUAAAUCCUAGCUGGUAACUUCUUAAUGCAUGUCAUUAUUUUACUAUGGGGCUAAAUAGCUCUCUUCGCCAAUUUUUGUGAAAAAAAAAUAUGUGUGUAGCAUUGUGCAACUUGUGGUAAAACAUAAAAUAAUAAUGUUACCUACCAUAAUGAAAUAAUUUUAAAUUCAUUAAAUUUCAGAUCCAAAUCACCAAAAUGAAGGAACUUUGUGGACACCAUUGCAUGCAGCUGCAUUUCAAGAGCAUGGACCAGUGAGUUAUCAAAUAUAAGAAAAUAACCAAAAAAUCCAACUGAAGUUAAAAGUCAAUGAUAUGCAUUCAAUUUGCAGCUAAUAAUUCCCUUUAAACAACAUAUGUAAAAUGAAAUAUACAUUUCUCUUUCAACACUUGAAGAUUCACAAAUCUGUAUUUUGUAUUUUUAUUCCCAUAAAAUUGUGUUCAUUAAGAUCCACUUUAACUUUAUAUUUUGAAUUAUUUAAAAAAAUACUUUUACUCGAGGAUAAAUCCAGUUAAUUUUUUCUUAUUAACAUAAACUAUUAAUGUUAGUUGGUGAUGUUUAAAAAUGACUUAGAUAACCCAUUAUAAAUUAUAAUAUUAUCUUGUUAUUUAGUUUUCAAAAUAAAUGAAUGCAGUGGUUUUAUGCCUCCAGGUAGUAAUGUUAUUAUUGGAAUAUGGAGCACAGCCUGAAGUGCCAGAUUCAGAGAACAGGUAGUUUUCUCUUUCCUAGUAUAACUCAGGUCCUUCUUAAAAAGUGGUUGUUGUUGCUGUUCACUUGAAAAAGAUGGACAGAUCAUGGUUUCUACUUACAAGCAUCUAAAACAUCUUUGUGGCAUACUUUAAAUUACACGCUCAAAGAAAAUAUUUAUAAAUAGAAAAUAAUUUAACCCUUAAGUUUUGUUAGGAGACAUCUAAUAAUGAAUUUCUAAUGAAUCCCAUCCUACUCCCCACCAAGCAACCUCCAAACAAAUUUUUAUUGUUUUAAAUUGUAAUUUUGCAUUAAAAUAUUAACAUCAGUUUUUUUUUAAAGGUUUGUCAGGAUAGCCGAUAUCUUCAAAUUUAUUUCAAACUAUAGUAUAACAUUUUUGUUUGACAAGUUUAAAAGAAGAUAAAAUUCAAGGGAGUGAUCAAAUGCAAUGUCAACAAUUUUAAAUGGGCUCGAGCCAUUUUCAACUAAUCAGACAUUGCAAUAUAAAAUUAAUAUUUUAUUAUUUUGAUAUAUUCUUUACAUAGAAUGUUUUGGUGAUGGAUAUGGAUGAUUGUUGAUUGAGGUUGAUGUGUACAUUGGUUCCUUUACAAUUACGCAAGGGGUUACUGAAAUUACACAACUAAUCAUAAUAUUUAUUUUGUUUUUUUCUUCUUUUUUAAUACCGGUAUCUGAAACCACAGAACACCCGCUGAUUUUGCCUCUGCCUCUGAUACAGUUUGGCCACUUUUUGCAGCUCUAGGUGUGGUUAGAACUCAAAGAAAUGUACUGAUUGAUAAACAGAUUCUUAGGCCAGUAAGUGUGGUGUUACUAGAGAACCCACUUUAUUUAUCACAGAGUAAUGAUGAAUUGAAAUUGAUUUAAAUAAUUAUUAGCAUAUUAUAAUGUCAUCAUUGAGGUACCUAGAUUCUUUUAUCAACAUAUCUUACUAUGUGGCUCCACACCGAAGGAUUCAUUUUUUCAUUGUCAACCCACGAUUUUAUUUUUAGUCACAUAUUAAAAAAAAUGUGGUAGCUGAAAAUAUAAAUCAAACAACUUUUUAAUAAAUUUUAAUGAAAACCUGUAACUUGAAAUGUUUUAUUUAAAGAAAUAAUGUGUUAUUUUAUUAUUUUUAGUCUUUUGGGAUACAUUUUUUUAAACUUCAGCUUGAAGUUAUGACAUUUUCAUAUCAUUUUCUGACUAGUGAAACAAAAAAAUGGGUUGGUGGGUGUCUUACAAUUAAAUCAUGUCCCAAGUCAUGCGCACCAAUGUAGCCACAGGGUAAACUUGCUACCGGGUAUGUACUUUGGAGCAUUGUUGCAAGAUACUAUAGUUGAUUGACAUGAGCAGUUUUUCAUAAUUGGAACAUAAACAUGGGGUAGUAUGUAACUUAAUUUUUAUCCAAGAAUUUACUUAAUAUGGUAUUGGGUCAUUGAAAAUACAUAUGUGCAAACAUUCAAAAAAUCAUUUUGGUAGAAGUGGGUCCUGUAUUGAUUGUAAGAUAUGAACCAGACUAGCAGUCAUCAAAUAAUCCUAUAUAAAAACUAGAAAUAUCAAUAUUUAAAAAAAAUCACUUAAGCUUUUUAAAAGAAAAAAUAAUUCUUAAAGUUUUAUUACCUUUAGCCACCAUUUGUUAAUUAAGAAGGAGAUUAAGAUUGAAAUAUCAUAAUUUGUUUUUAGAAAAUGAUUUCCUUAGAAUCACAAUCUACACUUUUGCAGGGAUCAGGAGUAACACAGACCAGAGAAUCUGGCUUUGGAAUGACAAUGGUUUGUAAUAUUUCAUAUUUGUACAGCAAAUGUCAUGUUUAAACAAAGUAAACUUAACAUCCGCACAGUGCUAAUCCCUCUUUUUUUCUUCUCUAGUUUACAUAUAAAAAGAGAAAAGUAGGAAUUUCACUGUUGUGAAAGUUUUGUGAUAGAAUGCAAAAACAUGCCAACAGAAAUUAAAAAAAAAAAGGUUAAAACAAAAUUAUAUGGCACAUGCAAUGUUCAUAAGAUUAAUAUGUUUGUGUAUAUUAUCUAUAGACAUCAAUUAUAUUUUUAAAAAUCAGCAUUGGAUAAAAACUAAAAUCACUUGAAUUUCUAUUAAAAAAUCAGGCUGGCUACAACUCUGGUUCAGAGGGAGAUGGUCAAAAACACAACUACCUGGCAGCCAUGUCAGGGGACGUAUUAGCCAAUGAACAUGAAGAACGUGGACCAGUAGAUCCUCGGCAAGUCACACAACCAAAUUUCUCAAUGUGGAAGUAGUGUAUAAAAGUUAGUUAAUCUCUAUACUUUGAGACUGUGAUAUUAAUUUAGAAAUGAAGAUAUUUUUAAAAAAAUGUUACUUUAUUAUAAAUUGAAGAUGUAAUUUUGUUGUUCUGUGACUAUUGUGUUUGUGGGAUGAUGAUUCUAUUUCAACUAUUAUAAGUAGAUGAUAAUAUAAGGGGAGAGACUUCAGGUUAAGUACAAGGAAAUAUGGCAAAGAGGUUGUGGGAAACCUUAAAAAAGGAUGCAACAAAUCAAUGAAAGUGUCAGCAAGAAACCAACUCAGUGAAAAAACAAAAAGUAGCACAAAUAUAAAAACUACAGAGUAGUAUUUGAGAAGACAUUUUCCUUCCAAAUCCUUGUUUUUUUUUAAAAAUUGAUCACUUAAACGAGAAUGUUUUUUCUAAAACUCAUAGCCUACCAAAAAGUGGAAUUGAUUUGAAAGUCGAAGAAACUUCACAACAACUUGAGGAAACAUGCUUCCCACUGCAGUUUUAUAGAAAAUUAAUUGCCAAAAGAUUUUUCAAUAUUCAUUAACAAAAAUAAAAGCAUGAUGGCCCUAGAACCAUGAGGCCCCCUAGAACCAUGAGGCCCCCUAGAACCAUGAGGCCCCCUAGAACCAUGAGGCCCCUUAGAACCAUGAGGCCCCCCUAGAACCAGGAGGCCCCCUAGAAUAGAAAAUUAAUUGCCAAAAGAUUUUUCAAUAUUCAUUAACAAAAAUAAAAGCAUGAUGGCCCUAGAACCAUGAGGACCCCUAGAACCAUGAGGCCCCCUAGAACCAUGAGGCCCCCUAGAACCAUGAGGCCCCUUAGAACCAUGAGGCCCCCCUAGAACCAGGAGGCCCCCUAGAAUCAUGAGGCCCCCUAGAACCAUGUUGCCCCCUAGAACCAUGGGAUGGGAUUGCAAUAGCUUCAAAAAUAGGUUUAUCUCUCUAAGAUGGUAAAGACGAAUGAGAAACAAAACAGCAAACGUGUCUGAAGUCAGCCUUCAUCAACAAAAACAAAUGAUACCUAAAAAAUGGAAACCCCAUAGAUUUUACUCAGUGGUUCUAAAUCAGUAGUGUUUGUGCUCUAAUUUAAAAUAAUUACUUAUCUGAUUUUUUCCAAAUAACAAAUGACGAUCAUUGUACUUAGUUUAAAAAAAAAGUAAUUCAAAUUAUUUAUCUAAUUUUAUC